GUCCAAGGCACGCUAUUUCCAGCUAGGGAGGGAGCCUCGAUCGCACGAGAACUCCCUAACCCGACUGCUGACGAACUAUGGGAUGAAUGGGAGCUGAGUCGCUUCUAUCCAUUGACACGAGACGACAUCGUCCGGAUGGGUAAAGACCCAUCUACCGUGCCCAAGCUCGAGAAUUCCGAUUGGGGACUGGGCGACGACGCUUAUGUCGGCGCGUUCGAUGUGUACCACCAAAUCCAUUGUCUGAACACUUUACGCCAUAAUGCCUAUCGAGACUAUUAUCAUCUGAAAACCCGUAACCAUUCCGUCAUAGGCCUCCCCGAAAUACAUAUCAAUCACUGCGUUGAUAUACUCUUGCAGGCAUUGCAGUGCAGUGGUAACGUAAAUUUGAUGACCUAUCACUGGGUCGCGGGGCAAGAAUAUCCUCAACCUGAGUCUAUCAACCGGCAAUGCACCAACUUUGAGAAACUUACACAAUUCCGAAAAGAAAACGGGCUCGAUCUGGAGAAGUACAUCCAAAUAAUGAGAAAGUCGUUACAUCCGGGCGUGAAGGAACGGCAUCAAAGUGAUGCUUAUUAUUAUUGGUAUAAUGAAACCAAUCCCAACCACGUAAACGGGGCGAAUCCGGGUGAAGACUUCAACAUGUAGGCAAACAUGUAAC